AUGGCCGACUCGUUGGCUGAAGCUCACCGACGUCUAGCAGGCCGGGUCUCGCUGCCUACCAUCGGCGUUCGCGCGGGCUCGGGCCCUGUACAGGCACCGGGCUUCCCAGCGUCGCCGGACCUCCAGCACGGGAUGCCGCCCCGACCGCCUACGGUGUUCGGGGACGACGGCGACAUGCAGACCCUGAGAGCGCGCGCGGUGUCGUCCGCUGCGAUCCACGACGCCGCUGGCGCCAUGGUCGGUGGCAGAGGACAAGGUGGUGCGUGCAACGGACGGGGACCGUCACAAGGGGCCUGGGCCGGGCGCACACACUACGCACAACCGUCCGACGAUGAGAUUCUCGCGUACGUGGCGCACUCUGCGCUCGGGAAGCGGCGCGAGUACGACAUCACCGAGUUCGGACAAGGUUCUGCACUUGUUGUUCCUCGCGCCAACGCGGGCGCCACGGUGCCCGGACGGACGGGCACUGCAAGCUCGAGAGGGUGCAAUGAACGCGAAUGGGACGGCCCGACGCUCGAGCUCGCCCCGAACGCUGGUGCGCCGCUGGGCAUCGCGCGGUCUCCGGUUGGCCGCGCCGACCUGCGGCUAUCAGGAGAAACUUCCGAUCAUCUAGCCGGAAGAGAGACAGCGGUUCUGGACGACGAGAACGCAAGCUGUCUGGCAUGCGAUGGGGGCGAUCCCACCAGGAUGCUGCCGCCGCCGCCCGACGGAAGCGCACGAGCUGUGCAGAUGGAGCAGGGCCGUGCCGCGUGGCGACGUGAAAGCGCUCCAGAGCAGGUGCAUGCACAAUCGCCACAACAGCACAGCAUGGACGUCGACGUCGUUCACAAAUGCGCGACAAGGCGGUGGGCCCCGGCAGAAGUGAGCCAUGAGUGCUACCAGGCCACGAUGGCGGAGCAAGCGGCGCCUCAGGAGGCGGUUUGCCCGCCCGGGGCUGCUCAGCAACAACUUGCAGUGGCACACAGCGUGCCUGAAGCCCAAGGGCGCAGCGCUUCGAACGAAGAGCUCAUGAACAAGCUGUUUCAGAAGGUGGAGCUGCUGAUGGCGAACACGGAGACACCCCCGCGCGAUCCCCAUCAUCGUGUCCCGCGACACUCUUCGAAAUAUCGGGGCGUCACGAAGCACAGGCGCACAGGUCGAUACGAGGGCCACGUCUGGCACGAAGGCAAGCAGUUGUACCUGGGCGGGUACCACCAGGAGGUCCACGCUGCAAGAGCGCAUGACGUCAUGGCUCUGCAGUGCCGGGGCCCGAAAGCAGCAACACUCAACUUUGCAAUGGAACACUAUGCUCAAGUGCUGCCUUUCGUCAGGCUCAUGGGGGAAGAGGACGUCAUGCAGACUUUGCGGAGGCUCUCCAGAUCCAUUGCCGGUGGCAUGUAG